AUGACGGAAGUAUCAACAGAUCGCCGUUUCACACAGGAGGAAGGACAAAAAUUGUACUUCGAUGUUCUGAAUGACGAUGUGAUUCAGGAGAUCAUAUCAAACAUCCAUCCUCGUAAACUCUUUCCUUUCAUGAGGACGUGCAGGAAUGUCUAUGCUGCGGCGCUUCCACGACUGCUCGAAGAGUUCCGCCUCAUUCAUAACUCAUGGGACGUUGAUCGGCUUCUUCAAUAUUGCAACUUCAUGCUCGCAGAUUCCCCAGGUCGUAUACUGCACUUGAGAAGAUUGAGUAUCUGGGAUGCUUCUGCUCUCUCCCAGUCUGGAGCCGCGACAUACUCCUUGUCCCAAGUCGUCCGGCGCGCUACUCGUCUUGAAUCAAUAUCGGUCCAGAUGCCCGACUCUUUUUUUGAGACAUAUCCUGUCCUUGCGGGUGCUUUGCGGGUACCUCCUGGCGUUCAAUACCUGGAAUUGUUCUCAGAUGGAUGCAAGACGUACGAAUUAUUAUCCAAGAUGGCUAGCCGGCCCCGAGAAAUCAAUCUCUCUAACUUGAGUGGAUACAACCACGGCCUACUGCUCCGCCCUUUCAUCGAUUCCUUGCAGGUACUCCGCAUCAGCGGUCAUUCUUCAUUCUAUACUGGCAGUCUCGUCUGGCCUUGGGUUCACACUUUGGAGGUGGGAUGUUGCGUCGACCUUUCCGAACUGUCGCAUGCAUUCCCCGCAGUCCGUUAUCUAGACCUAACUGUCUCUGCGGAAUACUCCUGGCGUGAAGAGGACAGUAUUGCCUGGGAGAAUAUGGAUCGCAUUCACGUUGGGUCCUUCCACGCUACGCUCUUUCCAUGCAGUGCCCGUCACCUCGACUUGUAUGAGUGGGAGUCAUAUCCUAAUAUCGUGUCCUAUGUCCAGCGUUGUUCUCCGAUCGUGCUGUCAUGCGUCGUCUCGGACAUAGCGGAAUGCCUGACGCAAAUAGCACAAGCAGCCCCUCACGUGCAGUAUUUAAUUCUCCGUGGUGGCUUCCGACGUUUGCGGCAUCGAUUAUUCGAAAGAGCUGUUGUGGAACACACACUCCUUCUGGGUGCCCUGUCGCUCGUCGGUCUGUCAUUGAUUGGCACGAGAGAGAUAUAUAUAUCUGCACCCUCGCAUGUCCUUGAUUCUACUUAUCAAGGAUUGGCAAGACAGGUAGCUGGAAAUGUUCCAUCCUUGGAGUACAUCAUAAUUGGUGGAUGUCAUUAUCGCGGCACUUUUCAUGUGAAGUCUCGUGCCGGAGGGAUUCUGCCUGAGGUCGAGCAGCUUCCAGAAUCAAUGGCGCACGUAGUAGAGCGUCAGUUGCUUGACAUUGGUCGAGUGUAA